GCGGAACCCCGCUGAUAAGGACCCCUCUGGUUAAUCUGGGGGUCAGAGGGGAGGGAUGCAGAGCGGUAGAAAAUGCCGUAUAAAAUGUGGAGCACCGUCAGUGAAGACGGUGCUGCCGACCGAGCUGAACGUGCUGAAGGAGCUGGACGAGUCCGUGAACGUGUUGUCUGUGAAUGAAGGAUGGCAGACAUGGUGGACGACUUUUAUCACCGCGAGGUGGACCUCGAGGAACUGGAACAGUUUGUCCGUCAUAUGAGAGGGGAGGAGCCGGCUUUCAUCUACCACCAGAUUCCACCGCCGCAAAUUGCACCACCUCUGCGGCCAGCCGCCGCCCGGGACAACCACCAGGCUGAAGGAGAGGUUGACUCUGACGAGGAACAGCUGGCUGUCCGCGUCCAGAGGAACAUCCGUCAGAUGGUGCGCGACCUGAGGAAGAGGAGGAGGAGAGAGGAACGGGAGCAACGGAGAAAGCAGAGGAGCAGGCGGAGAGAGCAGGAGCGAGUCGCCCGGGAGAGCCGGCGAGUCGACUCUCUGGUGGACAGAGUGGCAGCGGACGGCCGGCUGACUCGGCUGAGACACAACGUGCCUCUGCUGAGACAAGUCCGGCUCCGGGAGACGGUCAAGAUCGCCCACAAAAUCAAGAGUCGAAGACAGCAGCAGCAGUAGCUCCCGGCCAUCUCCAUCGAAGAGAUGGCCAGCCGUCGCCGAGGGCCCCCUCUGGAGCUCGCGGUGGCAUACUGUGCACGGUGAAAGUGUUCGUUUUAGGGCGCUGGUUCCACAGCCAUAUAUCCUCUUUGUUGAGGACCCAACCGAGAGAAUGGUGUAUUACUGUAUUGUGAUGUAUUUUUACUCUGGUUGUUUUAU